CCAAGGAGUAGCCUUUGGCCUAGACAAAGUUUGUCGAGUAAGAAAUGCUUGACGCUUUCACAUACAUGCACACUCUAUUGUGUCUCCUAAUUGAAUAUUCAACAUUAUGGCGAGGCUCAGAGACUUGCAGAUACGACUUCCUUGGUAAAACGUGAGAGAAUCUAACGGCGUGUUGAUCCUUGAUCUAUCAAGCUCGCAGAAUAUACUUUGGACGCUGGAGAUAUCGUCCAUAGUAAACCCAUGUUCCAAGCGCUGGACGUUGAAUUCGAUAGGAAAACAUACGACACACACAAUGGCCGACGCAAUUGAUCUUCACCCCGCCCUCAACCCUUCUAUAUACCAGUCGCACAAACCGCUGUCGCGAGAACUAUCUCUCUACAAUGGUGUUUCGAAUCGAUCGCGAGGCUGGAAAACGAAGAAGCCGGACAAAUUUGUGGAAAUGCAGACACCCCAAAAGCCCGGCACCGUGAGAUGGGAUGGCGCCUCGAUGUCGAGUCAUGGUUGGGAUAACCUGAAAAGGGAUCCCGAGCUGUGGUAUCGUGAUGGAAAUUGCUAUAUUCACCUAUACGACCAAGGGCAAACUCGUAGAGGUCCCGCAUUCAAAGUGCCUUUCUCUGGGUUCCUAGAGGCGGCGUGUUAUCCCUUCAUCGAUAGAUUCCUGGCUCGAGACGUCAUAAUACCAACGGGUUGUGCUCAAGAGAACGGCGAUCCGGCAAGACAGAGUCGUAUCGAACUCUUCAUCCCAGCACCUCCUCGAUCAGAUAAACAUCAGUCAUAUAAAUACCACCUAGCAACCAGAAACUUCGUUGCUUACGUCUUCCGCAGGUCUAUGGUUGGAGAAAAUCUAGGAGCUGCUCUGAUUACUCUCAUGCAUAGCAUGCACCAGUUCCGUUCAAAGGACGUGGAUAAUGUCCAGGAUCUUAUGAGCUACCUAGACGAGGAAGGUUACCUCAAUCUUAGAAGCAACCCAGCUCAUGCUAUAGCUAUAUUGCAUCUCUCAGAGGUUUUCCGGUUGAGAGGACCCUAUACAAACGCUUUUGCACACUGCUGUGGCAUGAUCGACCAAUUGCCUACCGUUCCCGAGUAUCAGCUGCUAUCUCCCGUAACUCGAAAGCUCAUCCGUUGUGCACAAAUUGAAAUGAAUCUCAGACUAGGACAGAGCGCAAGUUUGGUGGGAAAUUUUCUCCGAUAUGAACUGGCCGAGGCACAUCUGUCUUUGUAUCCUGGAGCCCGAUCGCAUCUCGAAGAGUUCCGGUCUCUAUUGCACAACUUCUACGCCGCUAAAUUUGGAUCAUACCCGCCACCAUCAGUUGACUCCCGAACGACAAUAUUCGAGGCCGAUAUCUUUCGGAUUAUGAGGACAGAUUUCGAGGCUCUUUACCAAUAUCUGGUCGACGAAAAUAUUGACAACACCCAGAAUAAUCCAUUUUUAGCAGAAGGAGGUGUCUGUACGUGGCAAAGUAUUCAAUCGUUUGACCUGAGACAUGAGUUCAAGACUUUACCUCACCCUCUUCCCCUCCUCCCUAGGGUACCGCUAGAAAAUAUGAAAAAAAUCGCAUGGUUAGAAAAACGGGUCAAAGCGACUCAAAGACAACAAGAAAUGACACGCUCGGCCUUGUCAAAGGCCACAAACCAGAAGGCCGAGCUCCUUAAAAAUGGGCUGGUAAGAGUAUAUUGCCAAUUCGAGGAGGGAUUGCUCCACCCUCCUACUAAAGGAGGCAAGUUGGAAAAUCUAGGUCCUAUAGACAGUCGCAAAGUCCGUUGGAUCUUGAUUUAUGCGGUUUACCAGGCCCUCCGCCAAGCAACGGAGAUUCCGCCCGAGGUUCGGGAUGCUGCUAAAGCUCCAUAUCAUCUCUGUAUCUCUACAGUUGAUCUACCGCCAUGGGAUGAAGACCAGCCGGUACACGACCUGGUUCGAAGGCAAACAAUUCAUAUCGCUCGUAGUACAUCACCUUCACCUUCGACAACUGGUUGGGACUCCGCAAGAUCGUCCCCCCGCCAGUGUAACUUUGAGAUCAAACCGGAUAUUGACUAUUUCGCCAUUACCCAUCGCGACAGAACCACAGAUGAAGCUAGAGGUAGAGACCCGCAGCUCCGUAGAGCAGCGAGUUGGAAAGGAAGCCUUUCUAGGAGCCUAUCCCGGAGUUUGACGACCCGACGUUCAUCAACCAAACUUACUAAAUCGCAGAAUAGGACUACCCAGUCGUCUUGGAAUAGGCAACACCGCGAGAUCGUGGUUCAAGGCUACGGCAAUGAAACAAACGACAUUAAAGACGCGCUGACAGGUACACUGCCACCAAAGGUGUAUGUGACAGUUGCGGAAGAAGACCUAGCAUCGGCGUCGCCUUCUCGCAAUUCCAGCACUUCUGACCUAUGGAGAUCUGAGGAUGGGAGUAUCGCGAAGACAUCGGAAACAUAUGUCUACGAAAGCCAAGAGGAAACUUCCCCGUUCCUACAAAGCAGCCAUCAUGGCAGCAGAAAUAGCGCGCAGAGUAGACACGGUAAUAGCAAACGCGAGACGCCACCGCAUCGCCCCGGGUCUUCAUUCGCCACAUUUCGAAGAAGGCGCCAAGGAGAAGCCACGUCCAUGUCCUCUUGCGGGCUGCUCAGACGACGAUCGAAGAGCAUCGACGGCACUUCGCGGAAAUUUCUGGAACCCGUACCGCGUGAUAUCCAGAAGGUGAAUAAUGUCACGUCUCACAUUGAGAUGCCGGCUCCCAAAACCCCCACGUGGAACCACAUCAAGAUUAUGGAAGCCAAAGCUACCAACUGGAUGGCAAACGAUAUCCAGCCCGCGUGGGAACAAUACACCGAUCUCGGUGGCUUGACUGAGCUGAGACCUCGGGGACCUCACAGACCGCCACCAAGGUAUAGGCCAAUACCAAUGGUACGCCUAUAGAGUAGGCGGGAUGGCAUUGUGAGGUGUAUGAAGGACUUUUAAAGGACUGUAAAUG